GUGUUUGUUCUGUCGUCCGCUCUCAACCCGGGGAAUGAGGAGAUGGGGGAGCACCUGGUGAAGCACGGUGAUGGGGUGAAGGACAUCGCCUUCGAAGUGGAGGACUGCGACUUCAUCGUGCAGAAAGCCAAGGAGCGUGGAGCCAAGGUGGUGAAGGAGCCCUGGGUGGAGGAGGACAAAUUCGGGAAGGUGAAGUUCGCGGUGAUCCAGACGUAUGGUGACACCACCCACACCUUAAUAGAAAAGCUCAACUACAAGGGCCUCUUCCUACCCGGGUACCACCCACCCCUCUUCAGGGAUCCCCUGCUGCCGAAGUUACCGAGCGCCAGGCUCAGCUUCGUCGACCACGUCGUGGGCAACCAGCCCGACCUCCAGAUGGUCCCAGUGGCAGACUGGUACCAGAAGAACCUGCUCUUCCACCGCUUCUGGUCAGUGGACGACAAGCAGCUGCACACCGAGUUCAGCGCCCUGCGCUCCAUCGUGGUCACCAACUACGAAGAGACCAUAAAGAUGCCCAUCAACGAGCCGGCGCUUGGCAAGAAGAAAUCCCAGAUUCAGGAAUAUGUUGACUACUACGGAGGGGCCGGAGUCCAGCACAUUGCGCUCAACACCUCCGACAUCAUCUCGGCAAUCACCAACCUCAAGCAGCGGGGCAUGCAGUUCAUGGAAGUGCCGUCCAGCUACUACCAGAUCCUGCGGGAAAGGCUGAAAACUGCCAAAAUCAAAGUGAAGGAGAACAUUGACAAGCUGGAGGAACUGAAAAUCCUGGUGGAUUUUGAUGAGAAAGGCUACUUGCGCCAGAUCUUCACCAAGCCAGUUCAAGACAGACCCACGGUCUUUUUGGAGGGCAUCCAGCGGCAUAACCACCAGGGCUUCGGCGCCGGGAACUUCAAGUCUCUGUUUGAAGCAAUAGAAAAAGAUCAAGACGCAAGAGGAAACCUGACCGUCCUGCAGCCCAACGGGGAGACCAAGCGCAUCUAG